UUUCUUUUCUUUUUCCUUUCCUUUCCUUUUCUGACUGGAGCUCCUUAACUGAUGAUGCUCUGUGGCAUCAUCUUAACAGAGAAAACCAGAAAUACACAUUUACUUCAUACUGCUUUCAAGCCAAGGCCACUACAGGGGAAUGGCUAAAAGUAUGUGGCAAGUCCUACCAUGUGUCAGAAUCAUGCACAAGACACUGGAAUAGCAGUGCUGGAUGUGAGGGCCAGAUGCCACCCUGGGUGUCUAUAUGUGAAGGUCCACAGGCUGAUGUUUUCUUUUGCCAGUGUUACAUUUGACCCUAUGCAAUGCUCCAGUCCAGCAGCUGAGAAAAACCUUAAAGAAGGAAAAAAUACUCUCUUUCAGGAAAUACGUGUAAGGACGUUAAAGAGCGUCUUCCAAGAUGAUUGCAGUUCAAAGCUCCCUGAAAGAAAGCUGGCUGACAAAGAAGGAAAAUUGCAUAUGAUAUCCCAGUGGGUACAACAUGAAUAUGUGACGUUAGAUGACGUCAAAUAUGCUGCUUUGCUUAUGAAAGACACACAUGAGUCACAUCACAUGUUGUCACUUGAAGUAGUUAUGGGGAAUGAGAAACUAGAUGACUUCCUCAUGGCCCUGCUCUUCUACAUAUCUUUUUACCUGGAAAAAAUUGCCCUGGAAAAGAAAUACAGAUCCUUGACUUUGACUAUGAUAUCUUUUGAGAAGACAGAAAUGGACAAUGUGUUGGAGAAGUUAGCAAUGUCCAGGAUUCACCUUGCCAAGGUGUACUGUAACCUUAUCCUUGGACGACGCGUGGCACAGCAGUCUAGCGGAAAGGAAAAACCAUCAUUGCAGAAAGAUCGGAGCUACUUUGAGGGCUUGCACAACUUCAGCAGCUAUGUGACUUGGCUUGUGUUCAGAUGUAAGCACUUCCAAGUGAUUCGGGAAGAAAUUGGCAGGCUUCUUUUCUCUGAUGUGUUCAAUCCUGCCUUAAGAGGCAAGAAGAAUAUUGAGCUGCAGAAACGAGGAGAUGGAACUGCUGAUGCAAAUACUGCACAAUUGCUGUAUCCAAGAAAAGACCAUGACAAGCAUCCUUCCAUAAGCACCAUGAUACAGCAGUGCUCACCGGUGCUGAGCACGCUGCUGCCCUUACCAAAGGACAGUGCUCAAUACUUCUUCCCAAACCAGGACUGUAAGGGUAGGGACCCUCAACCUCACAUGUGUGGUGACCUGCCAGACUUCUCUGAAGUGUUCGCUAACAAGGUGGGCAUCAUUGGAGCUCAUUGUAGUGAGUUGAAAUCUCUCCUAAGCACAUCUGAGGAGAAAAAGGAAGAAGAGGAGGUUGAGCAGGAGGAAACACAAGGAAGAAAAAGCAGUGACCUCAGUCUGCCACCUCUGGGAAGCCCCCAAAACAGGCUCAGUACUCAGAGCACUGUGCUCUGAAGAGCAGUGGCAGAAGGUGACUGUAAUCAGAGCAACCAGCAGACGUGAUAUUUGUGUUGAGUGACAUGGUUUAAAGUUGCUAAAUAAAUCACUUGGAAAUUGCA